UUUGAGUAGUGCUUGAAUACACUCUGAAUAUUGCAAUAUCAAGCAGCUGCAUUAUUUUUCUGAAGAGAUGACCGCAGGGAUCGGGUCGGCGGUGCUGGCGGCGCUCAAGGCCGUGUCUGUCGAGCCCGUGAUGCUGGUGGACGGGGCGUGCAAUCAGGCGAUGCUCCUCUUCAUCGAGAACGUUCAGAUGAAGAAAAUUUGUUCUCACAGUCUUGGAUUUCCUGAUCAGGUGUGCAAUAACCUAUCGGCCCACGGAGAGAGAAAUGUUCUGGUCCAGAGAGAGUUCAGCGUCUUUACCUUUUAUAAUAGCAUCAUCAUGUCCGUCAUUCCACUUAUCUUCGUGCUGUUCAUGGGAGCUUGGAGUGACAAAUAUGGCAGGAAGAUUCCCUUGUUAAUAACGCUGACUGCUCAUGUAAUGUAUGCUGGAGGAUAUCUUUUGAGCAACUGGCAGACGUCUUGGCCCGUCGAGGUCAUCUACUUCGUCACCGUCUUGGAGGCUUUGGGCGGCGGCAACGUGGGCCUCUUGUCUACCACCAUCAGCUACAUCAGUGAUAUUUGCCCCGAGAAAACUCGCACCUCUCGAAUCAGCACAGCUAACUCUCUGUGGUACCUCGGGGGUCCUGUGGGCACUCUAGUUGGAGCGCUAGUCAUCGAGUACGGCGGCUAUAACUUGGCUCUCCUGCUGGUUCUGCUGGCCUACUUCUUGGCCGUCCUGUACGUGGUGUUCGUCAUCAAAGAAUCGCACGGACCUUUCGCCAAGACGGAUUUGCAGGCCCACGAAUCAGCCAAGCAAGAACCAAGUCCCGACGGCAAGGGUGUGUCCAAGCUGCGCAUGGUGUCCGAUUUCUUCAACUGGCGGCGUGUAGUCGAGUCCUUCAAGACGGCGUUCAGACGGCGCGAGGGCAACACUCGAAUAAUUCUUCUGGCCAUUGUCUUAUGCAACAUGAUUCGGCGGGCUGCUAGAGGUUUCUUCAUGUACAUGUUUGUGCGUCGGGCGCUUAGUUGGGAGGCUACCGACUAUGGCUACUGGGCCACAUAUCGGAAUCUGCUGGCGGCCAUUGGUUCGCUGCUGCUGGUCCCGGUCCUAACCAAGUCACUGGCAACCACGGACGUUUUAUUGAUAAUAAUGGGAUCUGCUUCCCUUAUCGGAGAAUAUAUCUGUUACGGCCUUGUCAGCGGCUUGCCUCAGACGUUCCUCAUGUGGCUUGGGCCUCCUGCCGGAAUAAUUUCAAACGCCAGCGUCAUCGCUUUCAGAUCCAUGUCCACUAAGCUUGUCACCAAAGAAGAAAAAGGUCGCAUCAGUGCUGUCAUGGCCGCCAUGAACGGCUUGAUGCCCAUGGUCGCCUACGCCGCCUAUUCCCCCAUUUAUUACGUGACUGUCGAGACCUUCCCCGCAGCACAGUUCUUCUUCGGGGCCUCACUCAACUUCUGCGUCGUCGUCAUGUUCACAAUAAUUCACUAUACGUAUUCAUCGGCAUCUAUAGGCUUUAGUAGGUCAAAAGAUCUUGAAUCAGUUCGGAAAUAAGUAGGAAAUUUCUUGGAGAGCUGUAGAACAAUUGCGCUCCCAUUCUGCAACUAGUGCAACACUCCAGAAGAGAGCAGACGCUGACGCAGUCCAAGAGCCUUUCGCCUGAAUGAAAGCGAGCAACGGCGCAGGUCGGUCGGACGGGCACCGGAAAGACACGGACAGAGACGAUGACCUUCGAUGCAUCACGAUGAAGUCAUCCUUCGAAGACUGAGGAGGAGAAAGACUCUCCAAGGGAGCAAAUUGAAAGCGAGGUUGUCAAGAUGAUCUUUUUACGGACAUUCUAAUAAUAUCCAAGAAUAGCAAACGUCUUCCAAGAAGGACCGAGGACAGCUGCUGUAGGUUCGACGGGCGAUACGGGUCAAGAUUUAAAUCAUUGAUAAAAUAUAGUACCUGAGACCAAGUUCCAAGUAUAAUGGAAACGUCCUUAGAAAAUAUGCGCACUGCAGUCAGAAUUUUCAAUUAUCAAAUGUUAUAUGAAAUGCUUUUAUUUUUACCCAUGUUAUUACUUGAUCUUAACCCCUUGGUGCCGGGUAUGACGUGUACGUACGUGCUAUGCCCACCGUGAGUACUUGUUUGAUUGUUUUUACGCAUAAAUGGCAACACUUGUACUAAUUCCCCAAUGAGCCAGUUACGAGCACCGCCCGUCUCGCCCGUUUAGCCGUUUCUUUGAUUUACGAAAUAUUUUACGUAAUCUUAUUUUGCUGUUACUAAUGUUAAAAAAAAAUAUAAAAAUUAUAAUGUUUAUGUUAAAAAUAACACCAUCGAUUUUCAUAGCACUAGUGAAAAAUACGUUUUUCCCGCCAUUUAAAUCAGGCGCUAGCAGAGCCAUCUAUCGGCAGACAUUUCACGAAAAACAUAGAAAGUGGGCACAAUAUUUUCCUCAUUUUUUGUUCAUUUUCCCCGGCACCAUUGGGUUAAGGUAGGUUUUAUUGAUGACAUAUAUUUUCUAAGAUAAUUUGUCAAUAUCUAAGUUACGUAUUACACAGGUUUUAUGUGUUUGUAUCAGUGCAGAAAAUAUACAUACUAUACAAUUUACCGCUCUUUCCAUCUACUGGUUUCUCUCACUACGUUAUGUUACAGAGAUUAGAGCCACGCAGUCAAAUACAUAAUGUGAAGAUAUAUAAUUGUCGAUAUAUGUAUGUUGGCAGUCAACUUCUUAAUGAGACUGAAGAAGAGAACUUUAUUCUUAUGAAAUACAUCUAUUCAUAUACUUCCCGCAUUUUUAUCUCGGCAAUCAAAUGCCGCAUUAUCUUUCAGUGUAAGACCUGCAUGGUCACCCCUAUGUUGAUUUAAACUUUCCAUGAUACGUGCGGUUGAAGCUGAAAUGGAAGCGAAUAAAAGCGUACAAAAUACAUUAACGAGUUACAUUGUUAAUUAUCAUGUGCAUAUCUAUGUAAUGUAUGGCCAAGAUA